AUGCCUUCCCCUGAACCAUCUGCGCACCGCUCGCAUCCUCCCGGCACGCGUAGCCCAGAGCGUCGCCAUCGCAGUCGCAACGAACAUUCGCAUUCCCACCGUCACCGACACCGCGACCACUCACGAUCUCGCUCUCCCCACCGAUCCGACAGACACAGAUCGGAACGCCACCGUCGACAUGAGACGGACAGAAAACACGAGCGCGGAAGUGAGCACCAUGGAAAGCGAGACAAGCAACCCCCAGCGCCCGUGAUACUCCCAUGCCAGGCUCGAGAGCUUAGCAGACGAGACCUAGAGGCCUACGAGCCGAUGUUCGCCAUGUACUUGGAUAUCCAGAAAGGUAUACUCCUUGAAGAACUGAAGGAAGAUGAAGUCAAAGGGAGGUGGAAGAGUUUUACUGGGAAAUGGAACCGCGGCGAACUCGCUGAAGGAUGGUACGACCCCGCAACACUGAAGCGAGCGCGAGAAAAUGCGGACGAAGUACAGCCGUACUCGGGUGGAGGACGAGCAUCACCAGAAUAUAAUCGGGGCCGGCCAGCGGAUAAUGAGGGCACCCAGGAACUGCCGACUGCAGAAGAUGACGAUGAGGACGACGACGAUGAAUACGGACCGACUCUUCCACAUCCAGGAUCAAUGGGAGGAAACUCCCGUUCUGGACCGACUAUACCAAACAUGCAGGAUCUUGACCUUAAAAGAGAAUCUGCAAUUGAAGAUGCAAUUGCUGCCCGUGAGGAGUCACGAGACCAAUAUCGUUCUGAGAUUCGUUCCCACAAGGCAGAGAUGCGGCACCUACAGGAUGAAGUUGCACCUCGUGCUGAGCCCGGCACCCGGGAGCGACAGCUUGAGAAACGCCGGGAAGCUGCGGCGGCGAAUCGCUCAUUUGCAGAUGCGCGGGGAGCCUCUCCCGAGGCAGCACCAGAUGAAGAUCUCAUGGGCCCUGGAGAUGGCGAGUGGGCUAGUCUCAAGAAAGAGAAAGAACGUGAUCAGAGGAAGAAGAAUGAGCGAGAGCUUCGCAGGGAAGAGAUUAUGCGCGCGCGUGCUGCAGAGCGAGAAGAGCGAAUCCAAAAGUAUCGGGAGAAGGAGGACGAAACCAUCGGCUGGCUGCAGACUUUGGCGAAGCAACGAUUUGGCUAA